AUGGAUCUCUUCAAUUCUCCCGCCUUUUCGUCCCAUGUAGAGGACCUCAUCAACAAGUAUCAUGUCCCUGGUCUCGCUAUAGCACUUGUACACAAAGAUGUCACUGCUUCCAAGGCUUUUGGUGUGGCUUCGUUCGAUCCGCCCAAGCCAAUGACUACAGAUACCCUUUUCGACAUUGCAUCCGCUUCCAAGUCUCUUACCGCGGCUUCCGUUGCUCUGUUGGUUGCCGAUGACAAAUACCCCGAGGUCAGCUAUGAGGCUGAGAUGGCCAAUCUGUUGCCCGGUGAAUUUGUCAUGCCCGGCCAGGGCUAUGAGGGCGUAACUGUCGAGGACAUUCUUAGUCACAGAAGUGGGAUGGCGCCUAACGAUAAUUCGUAUCUGGGGCCUCGGGCUAAACACACAGAUGAUGCGCAAUCCAUCACACGAAAUCUGCGGAAUCUAUCGACUGCUGCUCCGAUUCGGUCCAAGUUUAUGUACUGCAAUGUGAUGUUCUCUGCCGCCUCGUAUCUGGUAGAGAAAAAAUCUGGAAUCAGUUUUGCCGAUUUCCUCGAGAAUCGUUUCUUCAAGCCGCUAAAUAUGACCUCGAGUAACCUCCAACCCGAGCGAGCGCGGGCCAAGGGCCUCGGAGAUCGUAUCAGCCCCGGACACUGGUGGGAUAAAAAGGCCAAGAAGUACUCCGAGUUUGUCAUUCCGGACGCCCCCGAAGGCCAAGGCGCUGGCUCGGUCAUUACAAGCGUUAACGACUAUGUCAAGUACGUUAGGGCUCUGAUGAACCAGGAGGAGCCGUUUACAGAGGAUGUUUACAAGGGACUCAUCAAGGGGCGAAUUAUUGUAGACUUAGACUACGAAAAGCUAAGUCCCUUUACAUCGCCGUUGCUGUAUGCGGCUGGAUGGGAGACGCAUCAUUACCGCGGACACCUGGUUGUUGCCCACAAUGGAUGCAUAGCCGGUUCGUCUACUAUUCAUUUCUUCAUCCCUGAUUUUAAGUUUGGAGGCGCCAUCUUUGGGAAUUCCGACGAUGCGAGCUAUAUCGGAGAUGUCUUGCUGCAGGAGCUUCUGGAUGAAUUGAUAGGCUUGCCUCAGGACCAAAGACUCAACUGGGACAAGGUCUUGUACGAAAAGUAUACGGAUAAGAAGUAUGAAGAAUACGGCAAGAACGACAACGAAGACGCCGAAGAUGAGGAGAAGGAGGCAGAAGAGGAGCGACAAAAGCUCUGUCCCGGCAUCAAGGAGCCAGAGCCCCAGAAGAUGCCUCUGAGUGCUUACACAGGCGAAUACUGGAACCCUGGCUGGCGCGGCUUGGUCGUAGAGAUCAAAGACGGGCAGCUGUUUAUUGAUUGCUCGGAUCGGUCUUACGUGUUUACCCUGGAGCUGCGCCAUGUAUGCGAGCAAACAAAGUACAUUGCAAUACAGAGGGAGGUGGUGGGUGGUCUUGCUAUGAUAUUGAGGGCUGAAUUCAGAUUUGACAACGGCACUGCGGCUAGACUGGGGGUAUGGUUUGAGGAUAAGCUGGACGAUUAUGUCUGGUUCGACCGGGUGCAUUUGAAUUGA